AUGGCCCUCUUCAAACCCCUGCAGGUCGGCCGCGUCGAGCUGGCGCACCGCAUCGCCAUGGCUCCGCUCACGCGCUUCCGCGCGGACGAAAACCACGUGCCCAUUUUGCCCAUGGUACAGGACUACUACACGCAGCGCGCCUCGGUGCCCGGAACCCUGCUCGUCACCGAAGCCACCCUGAUCAGUGCGCAAAGCGGCACAUAUGCCAAUAUCCCCGGAAUCUACACGCGCGAGCAAAUCGAUGCAUGGCGCAAAGUCACGGAUAGCGUGCAUUCCAAGGGUUCCUAUAUCUACUUGCAAAUCUGGGCUCUGGGCCGGACGGCGAACCUCGAGUUACUGAAAAAGGAGACUGGCCGUGACGAUAUCGAGCUUGUGAGCAGUAGCAAUAUAGCACUGGGCCAAAACUCUACGCCGAAACCGCUCACAGAGGCCGAGAUUGAGCAGUAUAUCAAGGAUUUUGCAACCGCUGCCAAGGAUGCUGUUGAACUUGCUGGGUUUGAUGGUGUCGAGAUUCACGGUGCAAAUGGAUACUUGAUUGAUCAAUUCACCAAGGAAGUCGCCAACAAACGCACUGAUCGCUGGGGCGGCAGUAUCGAGAACCGCUCACGUUUCGCGCUGGAGAUUAUCAAGGCUGUUACUGACGCUAUUGGUGCUGACCGUACGGGAAUCAGGUUUAGUCCCUAUGGCGAUUUUCAAGGAAUGCACAUCGAUGACCCCAAGCCGCAAUACACUUAUCUAGCUCAGCAGCUUGCAAAGUUUAAGCUCGCAUAUGUGCACCUGGUUGAGGCGCGGUCGCAAGGAUUUGAUAUUAUCGACACCCCGGACUCACUCGAUUUCUUCCUCGAUGCUUACAACAAGGCAUCCCCGGUGCUUCUUGCCGGUGGCUACGAUGCCAAAAACACGGCUGAUGCGAUUGAAGAACGCCACAAAAGGGGUCAGGACAACAUUGUUGUCGCCUUUGGUCGCUGGUUUAUAUCGAACCCGGAUCUGCCGUUUAAAAUCCAACGGGGUAUUGAGUUUACGCCGUAUGUGCGCGAUACGUUUUAUUUGCCUCAGGUUGAGACUGGGUUGACGGAUUAUCCGUUUAGUGAGGAGUUUGUUGCGCAGAACCCGGUGGCUAUCAAGGCCAAGGCGUGA